AGUUACCUGUCUUUAAUGCUCUCCAGUCCUCCAAUUUGACAUUUCGGGAAAAAUAUGAUUUUUACACUAAUUCAUAUUGAUUUUGUAUGACAAAUAACCAAGUGACACAUUUAUACAAGCGCUCGAAGGCUUUUUCAUAUAUUUAUUCAUCUAUUGCUGCCUAAACUUCCAAGCCUUCUGAUCAGGGUGCAGUGAAAUGCUGUUUCGAAUAUGGCUGCUAAGACCAAAUCCUCCCGGAUCCAAGGCGAAAUAGAAAAAUGUCGUAUUGAAGGGCUUUGGACAAAGGCUUUAGAGCUCAUCAAACAGUUUUCAUCUAAACAUACUGGAUUAGAUUACUAUGUUCACUUUAUACUGGGAGAAGGCUGCCUUGAGGCAUACGCAAAGGAGCACAAAGCCUCAGAGCUUCAUGCAACUCCAGGGACACCGCAGGAGAAGGACAAACUGGCAGAUGCUGAAAGACAUCUGAAAAUUGUUCUAAAAGAAAAUGGAAAGAUGCACUUAGAAGCAACACUUCUACAAGCAAAGGUCCAUUUCUACCAAAGUUCCUACCAGUCAGCUUUAACCAUGUAUGAGCAAGCCAGCCUUGAUACUGUCACAGUGACUAGCUCCUCCCCCAGGGUUCUUCAUAUCAUUGCAGAGGCUUAUGCAAUCAAAGGACUGUGUUUGGAAAAACUGCCAACAAGCACAACUAGCAAAUUCAAGGCAGUAGAAAAAGAGGAGAAAAUCUUAUCAUGUUUCGAGAUGGCAGGAGAUCUGUGUCUUCUUUAUCUUCAAGAAAAAGAAAAGGCCGUCCAGUCAUGGGGUCAAGUUUCUCUAACAGAACCAGAGGAAAGUAAUAUAGGAGAUAUCCUAGAAACUGCCAUACAACAGUCUCCAAUAUAUUACAUCAAGCAUGGGGAGUUGGACAAGGGUAUCAAAAGGUUCAGAGAAUUGCUUAGUGCUGUAGAGUCAAGAUAUACCCAACAUUUAAGACUGACGUUGGCACGUCAGUUAGCGGAGGUGUUACUGAGAGGUGUGUGUGAGAGUUCAUACGUUUGUCCUGAUCCAGUAUUGAAAAACAACAAUACAGCAAGACAGACAGCUUUAUCUCCCAGAAAAUACUCUGCAGAUAGAGUAUUUGUACCUGGCAAUGAAAGUGAGGAAGCUCUGUUGUUGCUGCUGAUAGCUGAAGCUGUGGCAACAAGGGAGGCAAUUCUGAACCGGACGGUGGAACACAAGGAGGGCAGACUUCAUACAUUCCAGAACGCUUCAGCAGUAUUUGAUCUUCUGGCCAUAGCAUUGGUUAAACGGGCACAGUUCCAUAAACUUGCAGAUUCAUUUGAACGUGCAAUGAAGUUUUCCUUUGAGGAGUACCACAUCUGGCAGCAGUUUGCAAAUUCCCUCAUAUGUGAUAAACAGUAUGAGCGUGGCCUUCAGGUGUUGAAAGAGUGUCACAGACUGAGACCCAAACUUGUCAUUCCAGUAUUACAGGCAGCAAAAUUAUGUUAUGAGCAUCUACAUAAGUAUGAUGAAGGAAUAGAGUUUGCCAAACUAGCACUGGAUGCGGGAGAUGAGCACCCAGCAGCAUCACGUGCACACGUGGCUCUUGGUAUUGGUUACAGUUUGAAAGCUGCGGAGAUGAAACUGAAAGAUGACAGACAGAAUCUACACAAUAAGGCACUCAGGGCUUUUCAGAAGGCACAUAUUUUAGAUCCAAAUGACUAUCUAUCAUUAUUUCACUUGGCUUUACAAAUGGCAAUCUUAAGACAGAUAGAGGAUGCAGUUAGGUACACAAAGUUAGCAUUAAAGCAUUACAGUGAUCAUAUACACUCAUUACAUUUACUGGUACUGCUGCUAACAGCACAGAAACAGUACCAGGAUGCCAUGGAUCUCAUUCAUGCAGCACUGGAAGAGUAUCCUGACAACAUAAGUUUAUUAUUCACAAAGUCAAAGAUAGAGGAGGUAUUGUAUGGAUCUGAGGUAGCCCUGAACACGUGCCAGAGCAUGAUGAAGCUGUGGAGGAGACUGGAUGAGAUGCACACGGAAGAGUCAGACAGAUGCAGUUUACAGCAUCAACAGAAAGCUUCCCUGACAACCACAGACAGGUCACAGUUUGACAGGAAAUCUCAGGCUAACCUACAGCUUAAUGAGCUCCAAGACAGGGAUGCUGGGUCUGUGCGAGCAGAAUCCCUAGCAGUUUCACGUAUUGAACAAACCCUGUCAGAUCUUGCCUCAUCUAGUGUUGAUGAAGGUGGCAGCCAUAGUUACACAAUGUCAAGGACACUCAGGUUACAAGCUCAGAUCUGGAUGAACCUCAGUGACUUGUACCUGUCAUUGGACAAAGAAGAAGAGGCGGAGUCUUGUGUCAGGGAGGCCGCCACCCUCUUUCCACUGUCUCAUCAGGUGGCUUAUAUGAGAGGAAGAAUCUUGGAGCAUAAGAACAAAUUUAAAGAGGCCAAAGAAUCAUAUGAAAGUGCAAUAUCAUUAAAUCCAUUUCAUACUAAAAGUCUACAACACCUGGGUAUGGUGCUGCAUUAUCUAGAUAGUAACAAAUUAGCAGAAAAGGUGCUACGUGAUGCAGUCAAUGCAGAUCCUACCUCAGAUAAAUCAUGGUAUUGUCUUGGUGUGGUGUUAGAAGCUCUGGGCCAAUCAGAGGCAGCCGUUAACUGCCAGUUAACAGCCCUCGACCUCGAAACUUCCAGUCCAAUUGUUCCAUUCCAUGUCAUUCCAAAGCUUAUGCAAUAAUUUUCAGAUGUAAACACUUCACUUCUUUUGUCAUUUAUGCAUCAGGAUCACGCAGUUGUCAAAGUGGUUUUAGAGUUCAUUAUUUUUCGAUCAUUUUUAAAUCAUUUCAAAAUUGUUUUAGUGUUGUUUUAGUUUUAAGUUAUUUAGUCAUCUUUUGUUAUAGUCAUUGCUUCCUUGUGUAUAGUCUCAUACCAUAUAUUUCCUUGUAAACAUCCUUGGGGGCAUUAUAUUGAGUUUAUUAAGGCCCUAAAAAAUUUUUUAUUUUUACAUUUGUUUUAGUAAAUACAAACUAUAAAAUUAAUCCAACUACCAAGAUGUUUAACUUUAAUUUUAACAAUUAUACCACCACCAAAAUGCUAGUAUUCACUUGCGAGCUAAAUUAUAUUUUUUGUUGAAAAUUCGGUGGUCAUGUUUGUUAGUGAGGGGGUGGGGGUUAAUUAGAGAAUAUAUAGUAGCUUAGUUAUUGAUAUGAAAGUAGCAUUAUUAUUACUGAUAGGCAGUCACUGUUAGAUUAUGGUGAAAUAUCUAGAUAAAUUUUAGAAGGUAAAGUAAAACAGUCUAUAUUUUAAUCCCCAUCCGUGGCGGAGGGAUUAUAGGAAUGGUCUGCGUCCGUCCGUCCUUCCAUCCGUAACAAAAUCGUGUCCGGUCCAUAUCUCCUAAACCCCUUGAAGGAUUUUCAUGAAACUUGGGUCAAAUGAUCACCUCAUCAAGACGAUGUGCAGAACCCAUGAGUCAGCCUUGUCGGUUCAAGGUCAAGGUCACAACUCAAGGUCAAAGGUUUGAGCCUGCCAUUUUGUGUCCGCUCUAUAUCUCAUAAACCCCUUGAAGGAAUUUUAUAAAAUUUGGGACAAAUGAUCACCUCAUCAAGAUGAUAUGCAGCCAUGCGGCUCAAGGUCAAGGUCACAACUUAGGGUCAAAGGUUUUGAGCCUUCCAUUUUGUGUCCGCUCGAUAUCUUCUAAACUCCUUGAAGGAUUUUCAUGAAACUUGGGUCAAAUGAUCACCUCAUCAAGACGAUGUGCAGAACCCAUGAGUCAGUCAUGCUGGCUCAAGGUCAAGGUCACAACAUAGGGUCAAAGGUUUGAGCCUUCCAUUUUGUGUCCGCUCUAUUUCUCCUAAACUCCUUGAAGGAUUUUCAUCAAACUUGGGUCAAACAAUCACCUCAUCAAGGCGAUGUGCAGAACUUAUGAGUCAGCCAUGUCGGCUCAAGGUCAAGGUCUCAACUGAAGGUCAAGGGUUUGAGCUUUCCAUUUCGUGUCCGCUCUAUAUCUCCUAAAUCCCUUGAAGGAAUUUUAUAAAACUUGGGUAAAAUGAUUACCUCAUCAAAACGAUGUGCAGAAAUUAUGAGUCAACCAUGCCAGCUCAAGGUCAAGGUCACAACUAAGGGUCAAAGGUUUGAGCCUUCCAUUUUGUGUCCACUCUGUAUCUCCUAAACCCCUUGAAGGAUUUUCAUCAAACUUGGGCCAAAUGAUCACCUCAUCAAGAACUCAUGAGUCAGCCAUGUCAACUCAAGGUCAAGGUCACAACUGAAGGUCAAAGGUUUCAGUUCUGUAUCUCCUAAACCCCUUGAAGGAUUUUCAUGAAACUUGGGUCAAAUGAUCACCUCAUCAAGACGUUAUGCAGAAUUCAUGAGUCAGCCAUGUCAGUUCAAGGUCAAGGUCACAGCUAAAAUCAAAGGUUUACCCUUUCACUAUCCAUAGCAGUGGCGCGGGAUUAAGCUGUCUUUCAGACUGCCUUGUAUGUAUAAAAAGACGCUUUAUUUCACCGACUCCACAUUAGUGUAUUUCACAUUUACAGUGACACGGAAAAAAAAUGUUGAUAAGUCCUAGUCUAAAACAAAGCUUAGAUCAGAUCUGGGACACUUAGAGCCAGGUUUAUAUUUUUGACAGACAAGAAAAGUAUAUGUAGUGUGAACAUUUUCUCUUUGAACUAUAAUCUAACACAAGUUUGCGAGAUUCGACCUCAUUUGAAUGGUUAUAUAUUGGAGAUUAUUCAAAUUUGACCUCAUUGAGGAUAAAAAUGUAAUGGGGGAAUAUUUUUAAAUUGACCUCAUUAGAGAAAUAAAGUAACUGUGAAUAUUCAAAUUUGAUCCCGUAAGAGAGAUGAGUUCAGAAGAAUAUUCAAAUUUGACCUCAUUAGAGUGAUGAAGAGAAUAUUGCAUGAAAAAACAGUACUUUAAGGAACAUUAUAUUUUUUCCAUAAUCCCGUGUAUAAACAUGUAUUUUAACUUUAAUACAGAAUAAGUAUUUUUAUUUUGAUAAUGUGAUGUUUCUACUGCUUCCAUUAACUAUGUUAAAGUAUGUACUUUGCAUUAAAGAGUUAUCCAUACUCUAAAUAAGUAAUGGAUAAACUUCAGUUAUACUAUGUUUGCCUUAAAGACAUGUAGUUCACUGUCACCUAGCUUAUGUUAUAAUAUUUAUAAGCUUGUUAUUUAUUUAUUUUUAUUAAAUUCCAUGUAAUAGCAGUGUGUUAAUGACACCUUAAACACACUAAAAAGGCUGCCUCCAAAUUCAGCCAUUUUCUGAAAUUUCCGAGUGCCAUAUCUUUUUAUACACCCGUUUGAAAAACGGGACGUAUUAUGGGAACGCCCCUGCCUGGCGGAUGGGCGGGCGGCAUCCACAGACUUUGUCCAGAGCAUAUCUUCUUCAUGCAUGGAGGGAUUUUGAUGAAACUUGGCACAAUUGCUCACCAUAAUGAGUUGGAGUGUCAUUCACAAGAACCAGGUCCUUAGGUCUAAGGUCAACACAGAAGAAUAAAAGAAAAGAUGUUGAGAAAGGGCACAAGAAAAGGAAAAAAAGAUGAGGACUAAUCUAUAUUUAGACUAAUUGUGACCAGACCUGCAUUUGUGUGCACUUGAUUUAGUGGUGAUAAUGCAAAAUGCAUGGCUGAAGGCAACAGUUGUGUAAACAUUCUUACUGACAUUUUUAGUAAUGUCAAAAGGUCAAUAAGAAAAGAAAGAUAAACAGUAAGACCAGUUAGUUAUUCAUUUGCUUGCUAGUAUAUUAAUGAAAAGUCAGGAUGAAGGAAAUAAGGCCUAUUUAUUUUAGUUACUAUAGGUAGUUGUAUUAAAGUUAAUAAUAAUAAAUUCCAGAUAUUUUGUUCAUAAUUUUUAUGUCACAAUUUCACAAAAGACUAACUCAUACUUUUAAGAAUUCUUCUCAUAGCUGGCAAUUCUAUUUUCAGCACCAUUCUGAAUUUUCAAUACAAACUGGUCACAAAUGUUGACAAAACCAAGUAUAUACUCAGUUUAUAGAAUCAUCUGUGAUAAUUCUUGUUCUUUGUCAGAACUAUUGAGCCUGUUUCUUAGUAGUUAUGUUAGUGUCACAGUCAUCCUAUCCAUUGUUAGAUAUUUGUAUUUGAUUCCAAGAUAUAAGUAGAAAUUAGAAAGGAGUAACCUCACAGUUUUCUUAUUGAUAUUUUUAUACUACCAAAAACGAGAUUUAGCUGUGUAUAUAUAGGAGUCACCUUAUAGUCUGUAGGUCAAUCAGUUGGUCAGACAGUCUUUUGCAAAAGUUUGUAGAGCAUGCAACUUCCACAGUUUUAAAGGGAUUCCAGUAAAGUUUUAUUCAGGUGAUAACUUCGGAGAGUAGUUGUGCAUGAUAUUUUAUUGAUUAUGGAUGAUUGUGGGGAGGGGGGCACUUGGACACCCAUAAAUACAAUGUUUAAUACUGGUAUAUAAAAGUUCAAGAUUGUAUUAUUACAGGAUAUUAAAUGCUUUUAAUACAUCUAAGAUUUUUUUUAUGUUUCUUUUACCAACAUUACCAAUUCAGAACACAUAAUUUGACAGAUGUGAACUUUUUUCAGCAAUCUAGCACAAUCUAUGAUUGUACCUGAUCAGUUUCCCUAUACUAAGCUGUAAGACAGUAUGUAAAAACAGUUGAAAGUGUAGUCUACUAGUAGAUAACAAACAAUAGUUCCUUGAUAAACAGAUAGCAUGGUGUUUUUUUAACUUAUGACAGUAAUUUGUAAAAAGUUCAAGUUUUGGCAUUAAUGGCAACCUGUGUUGUGAGGAUAUAUUUAGUUAUCACUGUAUGUGAUUUGAGUAGAUUGUUUUUGACAAUAUACAUGUACUGUAAAAGCACAUAUUUUUGCUGGGUCAAAAUUUCGUGAAUUUGAAAUUUGAGUAUGUUCGCGAGGUUUAAUAUUCGCGAAAUUGUUAAAAUGGUAUCCUACUUUAAUUUGAAUUAUACUAAUGGUGAAUAUUUACGCGAGGAUUAAUUUUCACGAGAUGUAGGGCCUCUUGAAUAUAGCGAAAAUUAAACCCUCACAAAAUUUCUGCAUUUACAGUAAGGUUAUUAUUAAUGUUAGCUGACCCAGUAAAACAGAAAGGUUUUGCAAAAAGAUUUAAGAGAAUUUCACACUGUGGCUAUAUUUGAAGUAUCUUGCACAUUUGUUGAAUAUGUAUACAGUAUUCCAUUCUUUAUUUUUUUAUAAAUAUUCUUUCUACUUUUGAUAAUUUGGCAUGUUAUCCCACUGAUACAUGUAACUGUAAAUAUACCAGCAUAUUAUGAUCACUGUACUCUAGCCUUACAAUUUAACAAUUAUGUAACUAACACUUACUUUAUAUUUCAACUCCAUACCUAUUUUUAGUUCAAAACAAAAUUAACCUGUAGACUACUGGCGGCAAAUGAUGCUGCCUUUGCGACCAGUGCAGACCAAGAUCAGCCUGCACAUUUGUGCUUAUAUUUUGUACUAUCAACUUUUUCUUAACCAGUCACCUGCCUUUAGCAACCAGACUGUGUUGCCCCCUUGGGUUGCUGCUGCUUAAAACAGGUUCGACUGUGUAUCAGUAUUUUACAUAUUUUGAUGUUAACCUUACACAAAGAUACACAGAUAACUUAGAAAAAAGUUGUUAAUACUGUUUAUUCAAAACUUUGAAAUCAAACUUAGUAAUAGCUGAUUAAUACAAUAUGAUCUGAAUAAGUCACGAUAUUUUGAUACACUAAACAAAAAUUGUUCAAGAUCUACUUUUUCUAGCAUCAUUCUAAAAUCAGCCCUUACAAAUUGUGAAAUCAUUUAAUUUUAUGGGCUAGGAAUUUCAUGGGCUGGGAAUUUCAUGGUUUUUACGUAACUGGCUAUUUCAUUGGAAUAAUAUUUGUGGACUUCAUCUCCUGGAGAUAAAAUGCCACAGACAUUGUUUGUCGGAAUUUAAUUUCAUGUGUUAACUGCAACCGGGACAUCCACAAAAAAGAAUUUGUUGCAAAUAUUAACCCUUAGCCUGCUAAAUUUCUAAAAUGGACUGGUCCAUCAUUCAUUCUGGGCAAUACCAUUUAUUAUUCGAGGGGGUGUUCACUGAAAAUUUUCUGACUGAAUAGCGAACAGUGCAGACCAUGAUCAGACUGCACAAAUGUUUAGGCUGAUCUUGGUCUGCACUGGUCGCAAAGGUAGAAUCACUUGCCGCCAGCAAUCUAUGGAUUAAUGACCAGCUAGUGAUUUAUGGUAUUUAUUCUUCAGUGGAAAGUCUUCAUAGAUAAUAAUCAGGAAAAAAACAGAAAAAAUGAAUAGGGCCAGCAUUCAUCGACAUCUUCAGCCCAAAAUUGAGACUCCAGUUUUUAAAAUGUUCUUUUUGGUCAGUCGCUCUUAAAUUUGCACUGUUUGUAAAGGACUUUUGGUGAACAUUACUUCUUGAGUGGCAAACAAGUUGGCAAAUUCUGAGGAGUAUAAAUUGACCAUUAAGGUACUAGACUCGUUGACAAUCUGCGAUUUGGUAUUCUCUGUUUGCAACGUUAGUCAUUCUUAGGCUAUAUCAGAAUAUAAUUAUUCAUAUUAACAGCUACAUCAUGCUGAAGUUCCAUACAGAGAUCUCAUGAACUCUCUGAAAAUGCACAUUUUCAUUAUGCUACCACCACCUUAAAAUGGCAGAUUUAAACUUUCAUUCAAAUGAGUCAAGGCAAAGAAGAAUAAAUUACAACUCUUUGGUCAAGGUUAAAGUGUAAUAUGCAGAAGCAGUUGAGAUAUUAUGUAAAAAAAAUAUAAGUUUGAUUCGAGAUUAGAUCUUGUGAACACGUUGUUUAAAUGUAGUGUUAUGUUGAUGUAAAUGUUAUUUAUUAUAUAAUAAUUGAAAAUUCUAAUGUAUUGUUAAAAUGUCUUUGAAAUAGAAAUAAAAUGACUUGAAAUAAUUUAAA